GCGUCCUAACGUGACAAACUCCUAGUAAGCGGAUCGAGGAAUGGAAAUGCGAUAGAGUAGGCUAAACUAGUGUACACUAACCUCGAAAAUCGUUAAUUCUGACGAAAAUAACUUUAUCUCAGUCUGAUCAUGUUAUACACAAGGAAUUGUUUAUAAAUCAGCUGGUCUGAGUUAGUGUCUAAACUAUUGUCAGAGAUAGCCUCUCAGCUUAAACGGAUGACAGCCUACGUCUGGAGAUUGUUGUCGCCAUAUGGUCAGUGAAACGCCAUUAGCUUAACGUUACAUUAGCCGACAACAUGGAGGAUAUAAGGCCGCCGUCCCCUCUACUUCAUCUGGAUCUCAAUAAUUUUGACAGACCUGAUGCAGAAAGUUGCAGAUAUGUGCUUACUAGUCCCCGCUCAUUGGAAUCAUGCUCCAAAUUGGGCAUCAAACCAGUUGAUCUCUUGUUUAAGCCCCUUUCUGAGUUCGUGGAGAAAAACAAAGACAUGCCAUUGGGAGCCACCACGAAAUUGUACGAGGCUCACGAAAAACAACGAGUUCGACUCCUGCGCCUCUGUCGAGAGGAGCGAGAGAGGAUUAUAGAGGAGGGUAAAGGUAUUGGGGCGUCCUUAAAACAGUUUCCUGCCCUUGAAACAGUUCUUGAGCAUAUGACUGACAGCCAAAGCACAGAGACUAAGAGUAGAAACACCAUUGAAACACAGAGAAAGCUGGAAAAUAAGUUAGUUGGGAUUAGUUUGGGCCGUCGGAGGUCUGUGAGUUUCAGUGAAACAACCUCCUCUUUAGCCACUGGUGACCCCUUGGUCCAAUUCCCAACUUACGAUGGCAGGCUCCUCAGUGCCCGCAGCCAGAUUGGCAGCAGCAACCUGAGCCUGGGAGACCUACGACACUCUCCUGCCACCGAGAGGCAGCUGGAGAGACUCACCCGGGACAUUCAGAAGAAGAUGAGCAUCACGGUGCCAGAGAAGGACCGCAAAAUCGCAGCCCUGAUGCUGGUCAAGCAUGAGGACGAACAGGUGCGGCAGCGGCUGAGCGUCUGGGAGGAGCGGCAGCGCCGCGAGGAGCAGAAGCAGGAGGAGGUGCGGCGUCUCCGCAGCGAGCGCCUGAAGAGGAAGGAGCUCCUGCGGAGCAUCCGGCGCUGGCAGGAGGACCUGGAGGUGCGGCGGCAGUUGCGGGAGCGGCAGGAGGAAGAGCAGGUUGGGGUGCGCGAACAGGAGAUGGCCCUGCACGAGGAGCGCUGGAGGAGGCUCGCCGAGGAGCAGGAGACGAGGCGGAUGGAACGCGCGGAGGAGGCACGCCGCGAGGCCGAGGAUCGCAAGCGCUCGCAGGAGCGUCUGCUCCAUGACAAGGAGCGUGAGGAGCUGGAGGAGCGCGAGCGCGAGCGGCGCCUGGCCCAGCGCAAGGAGCAGCGCGCCCGCCGCAGCCGCAGGACCCAGGAGCGCCGCGAGCGCCGCCGUCUCCGCCAGGAGAACUGUCGUGAGGAGCUGCGCCACGUGCUCCUCAGCAGGGAGGCGCAGGAGCAGACGCGAGCGAUAGAGGACGCCAAGCGGCGGAUGCUGGAGCAGAAGCUCAUACGCUCGGGUCAGAACCGGGCCCAGGUGCUGGACGCUCGUCUGCAGGAGCUCCAGCGCCGCGCUGCCCGCGAGGACGAGCAGAUUCGCCAGGCGCAGCUGCGCGCCGGCUGGCAGAGCCGCCAGAGGCUGCAGGAAAAGCACAUCCUGGCACAACUGGGGCAGCAGCGUCUGGAACAGGCAGAGCAGCGGGCACGACUGCAGCUGGCCAGUCGAGUCCAGCUGCUCCGCCAGGAGAACCGCCGCAAGGAGCUCUCGCACCAGCAGCUGCGCGAGGAAGCGGAGCGUCAGGAGGAGGCCGAGAGGGAGCUGCGUCUCCGUGCGGCCGAGCUGAAGGACCGGCGCUGCGAGAUGCUGCAGAGGGAGCGGGAGGAGCAGCUGAGGGAGAGCCGGCGGGUGGCGCAGGCCUCCUUCCACAUGAGGGAGCGCGUGCGCGAGCAGACAAGCAGCCGCACCUUCAACAAGAUGGCACUGGAGGCCCAGCUCUUCACCAGCCUGGGCAAAUUGAAGAUGUGAAAUGUCAACCCCAAGACCAGCUCCCUAUCACUGACCAUACUAUUGCCUACACUCUCUCAGAGUACAGACAUGCUUGAACACUUCAACAACAAGAGUUAUAGCACUUAAACACUUAAACAAGACUCUUAGACUAAAAUAAGAAACUGUUAUUCAUAAGAGCAGCCA